CUCUGGUUUUUGAUACCAGUCAGUCUACAUGUUAAGAAUAUAACAAAUAUUGUUUGCUCUCCAACUAUGAAAUAUGUUGCAACUUGGUGUCCUGGGAAUAAACCAGAUGUACCACCAUCAGUUUAUAGAUGGCCAAUCACCAAGGGAAAACUCAAAUUCGACAAACAUUAUAUUAUUUACGAUUCUCUCAAUCUUGAUGCUAAAGCAUUGAUUGAUGUCUCAGAUACAAAUCAUAUUAUUUUACGUGUUGAAAGAGAUUAUUCUUAUAAUUUUGAAAUUAUUGAUAUUGUAAACAAUGAAAUACAACAAUUAAACUCUCACGGUCUAAAAGGAAAAGUCGUAAAACGUCCUGGUUUUUUUGACAAUUCUUACAGCGAAUUUU